ACAAUACGGCUGUUAUGCUUUACAUUGAGCGGAUUCAUCUUCAAGCGUUUGAGGCCGCUGCUGGCGUUCUGGAUAUACAAAACCAUUGUAUUAAUGAAAUGGCAAUCGGAACAUGCUACGUGUUCCAACAAAAGUAUUCCUUGUGCAAAAACGUUGUGAACAAGCACCAGGAAAGAUGCAAGAAAUUCACUUGGGUCUACGGAGAAAAAGAAACAAUUGAAAUACACUUGCGCAGAGUUCUCGUUGACCCGAUUCUAAUCGACUUGAACUACACAGUGGUAGCGUGCGACUCUGAUCCUGGGAUAACAAGUAAAGAAACUUCUGUUCAACCGAUUGGAACGAUUAUCUUGGGAGUUUUGUUAGCGAUCGUUAUUCUCUUGCUCCUGAUUAUGAUCAUAAGGCAAUAUAAGCAGACUGCGAUUCAAGCUGUCGCCAAAAAGAAAUCCGAAUUUCAAGGCUUUGAGACUUUUGAUGGAGAAUAUGACGAAGACCCUUACCAACAUUACCAGGUACCCAGCAACAGACCACUAGGUGGAUACGAGCCAACUCUAAAACCCGUAGAGGAAAGUAUUUACCAGGUUCCCAGUAAUAUUCCACUGGAUCAAGGCCUGCCUGCCAAUGCUACUGAGGACACCGUCAUCUACGCUAAGCCUAAGAGGGAAGUACCAGAAGGAUAUGGCUCAGUUGAAUAAUAUCGCAUUAAAAUCUAUGAACUAUUGUUUUGUGUUCCAUUACAUUUGAACCCACGUACAUUUG